UAGAAACAGCCAAGCGUAAAAAACGCAAGGAAGCUAUGCAGUUUGAUGUGGAUGUAAUGGCCGAUCUCUAAUUUCGCAGUAUCUUUGUGGUGAAAAUUAAUGCAGUACCCGAAAAAUACAUAUUUUCAACUUUUUUCGACUUGAUUGUUCUACUCGUUGAAUUCUGAAGUGUCAGUGAAUGUCUAAAAGAGUGAUAGCUUAACCCUACUGAAUUGACAUUUAUUUGAAGUUGAAAUUUGAAGUUGAUGUUUGAAGAUAAAACAAAUUUUGUGUUUUGAAAAGAAAAACAUAAUAUUUGUUUUCCAUUUUUGCCUAUUUUAUUUAUUUACUCCUUGAGGUGAUACAACCAAUAUCUCCCAAUACAUUAAUUAUACGUUCAAUAAAAAAGAACACAAAAUGUCUCAGAAACAGCAGUUUCAUUAUCUAGAACACCAGUUUCAGUCGAUGAGUAGUGCUGAAGAAGAGAAUGAAACAGGUUCAGAAGAUGAACAGCAGAUAAUUUAUAAUUACGAAACAACUUAUGAACCAGUGACUGUGAAAAGGAGAGGUCACCUACCGAAGGAAUCUGUUAAAUUAUUGAAAAGUUGGUUGUAUGAACACCGAUUCAAUGCAUAUCCGACAGAAGCAGAAAAGCAGAUUUUGUCUCACGAGACAAACCUUACAGUUCUUCAAAUUAGUAAUUGGUUCAUCAAUGCUCGAAGAAGAUACUUACCAGAAAUGAUGAGGAGGGAAGGAUAUGACUCAGUGCAUUAUACUAUUACACGACGAAGAAGAAUUAGAACGAGGGUGAAGAGCAAUGGCGAACCUUAUUCUCCUAAAAGUAAAAGGCAAAGGACUGAUGGUAUGAGCGAUGAAAGUCAGUCUGAAUAUGAAGAAACCAUGAUGCCAAAUGGCUAUGUUGAAGAAGUUGAUGAAAAUGGAGUUAUCACUCAGGUAUCUACUCAAAAAUUCAACCCGUGGCAAGCAGAUAUACACUAUGGACUCACAGUCAAUCCUGCUGAUAGAGGCAUUGAAGAAGCAACCGUGGAAGAAAUUACUCCGAACCAAGCCCCACACACUUCAAAUCUUGCCACUAACUUGGUCAUGGUGAAGACACCGUCUGGUAAAAAUGUCAUUCUUCAGGUAGUACCACAGUUGGCCAAGAUCGAGAUGUCUAAUCCUGCAAAGACUUUCAUUCUGAAAACUGCUAAAAUUGUGAAGCAAAUCAAGCCUUCAAUUGUUCCGGUCCCUAUAGUGAAGUCAGAACCGUCUGAUAUCAUUGUAGAGGAACACCAUCUCGGUAAUUUCGAGGAUAAUGCAGAAUUGCUUGAUGAACACAGCGAGGUGAUCGAGAAUUCGGACGUGUUUGAGGAUCCCGAUGUUGAGGAAGAUGAACUCCUUGGAGAAUCGUUUUUCCAAAAUGGCAUCAAAUACGAAGAACAAGAAUUCGUGGAUGAAGUGACAUUAGAAGACAAUGUCAAUGAGGUAACAAUUGAAGAACAAGAAAUUCCUGUGCAGGAACACGUUGAAGAAAUUGUUAUAGGUGAAGAUAUUGAAGAAUGUGAGUUUGUAGUUUCAGACUAAUUUUAAUUUUCGGUUUUUAUAAUAUCUUGUGGGUGUUUGGGUUUGAUCAUUGUUCCAAAAGCUCAAAAGCUUAUCUUGAAUAUAUCGAAAUGCGUAUUUUAACCCAAAGUUAUUUUGUCUGUUUGAAAUGGCAUAGAUAUUCGGUACUUUUGUACUUUUGGGAUUGAUAUAUUAUUGUUUCUAACUACUGUUUUCCAAUACAAAUAUGGACUGAAUUCUUUAUCCUGUAAAUAAAGACACUGGUCAAAUCUAUGAACACCAUAAAGGGAAUAUUAGUUGAUGUGUAUACUUAAAAUACUACUUGAGGACUUAGUGUGGAUCUUCAUGUGAGAUUAUGGACAAGGUGAAGAUCUCAGAUAUGGUGUAAUUAAGUUUUAAUAUAUUGUUAAGUGCAUUUAAAAGUGUUCAAAUUUGGCAAAAUAAUCAGUAUGAGGCUUCAUUUCUUCAAGAAAUUUUUGAUUUAUUGUUUUGUGAUCGUCAUCACAAUCGUGAUAUUCACAUGGUUAAAAAUAAAAGGAUGAGGAUAUCAAAUUGCUUCAAGCUUUUUACAAUUUCUCCCCCCUACACAGGCAUCAGUUAUUCAAAUCUUCACUUAUAACUAAUUUUCCUUGAGAUUCAGAAGUCAUUGUACCUUUUGAUGAAUUUGUUCAAUAAAUAAUGUUUUACCAAAAUUUACUCCUCAAAUAUAUUCAUAAGUUAUCAACUUUUGAAAUGGAAUGAGUAUAAGCAUAAAUCGACCAUGCUAUAAGGAGAACCAUGCAUAAUAAAUUUCAUUGUUUUUCUUUAUCAACUGAAGUACAUAGUUCAUUUGUAAAUUAUGCAGUAUUUAUUAAUGACAUGGGGGGAAACUGUGUCCAAUGUAUAUUAUUCCAUAAUACAUUCAUUGCAGAGGACUGAGAAAUCGAUUUUCACAUAUCUUGCAUAGUUCCACCCAAAUAUCGUGAGCAAUAGAUUCAUAUUAUUCGGAAGAAUCAUUUCAAUACUCACCUUAUUUCAAAGCUAUUCAGUGAAUUCCAAAACUGUAUAUUUUGUUGUUUUAUGAAUGUUAUUUAAUCAACUUCGAAUAGGAGGUAAUUGAAAAAAGUUACAUACAUUUAAUUUAAAUUAUUGUUAAGGAUUUUUUUUUGUAUAUUUUAUGGACAUAUAAAAUGUGUGUGUAAUGAUUCUAAUUCAAGAGGUAAACCUAUUACCUGCAUUAGGUCAUCUUAUUCAUACAUAUUAUGUAAUAUGUCUUGUACAGUUGUUCGAGUAGAAAUUAUUCUUAAGAUAAUUUGAUUCUGAGCUUUUAUAGGAGGUAUAACUGAGACAUGCAGAAAUAAUGAAUAAAUAAAGUACAUGGAAUUCAUGUUUUUUAAAAAAUUUAUUUAUGUUCUACAUCUUGAUGUGACCCAUGUACAUUCUUAUAAUAACAAUAAUAAAAAUAUACUUCAGAAACAAUUAACUUAUCAUUUUUAAGUACAAAGAAAAUUUUAUCAAGUGAUUUUAUAUGAUCAGUAAACUCACUCCUAAUUGUCCGGAUUUAGAAGGUUACACCAGUUCAUUGUAUUCUCACUUGAUAACAUCUUUUUCAACAGUAACUGCGAACAAGACACAAUUGAAUAUUUUUCUUGUAAUCACAGAUUUUUUCAGUGUCACACUAUAUAGAAAGUGAAUUUUAGUUGAAUGUUUUCCGAAAAAUGUCAAAUUCUAUCAAACAAAAUAGGCACAAUUUUCCAACUGUCCAGUGUAUAUUAGCAGAAUUUGUAAAUAUUUUCGAAAAUAAAAAGUAUACCUUGAAAGUUUA